AUGGUCCUCAUCAACGACAAGAAGUAUGCGUGUGCAACCUGCAUCAAGGGACACCGAGUGUCAGGCUGCACACAUACUGACCGUCCACUCUUCGAGGUCAAGAAGAAGGGCCGACCUGCGACGCAAUGCCAGUUCUGUCGCGAUAAGCGUAAGGGUGGAAGUGGCGGCGGCAGCGUCCAUACCAAGUGUGCUUGUGGUAGCCUCAAGAAUCAGCAACCUUCCACUAUCCCUGCCGGGAUGGCUGCAUCCUACCAGUCGGCCGGUCAGACGCCCUCACCCCGUGGCACGGAAACUAAGAAGGGGCAGCCUGGAUCUACCCCGACAUUCCCAAAUGGCCUGCGCGAUGUGCACGAGAUGGCUGCUGCUGCAGAGGCCCUGGCUGACCUCGGUGGCGAGAACGGUGCGGCCGCUGAACGCAAUCUCCACAACCUACUGAACCCUUGCAACUGCCAUACCACCGGACGAUGCCGAUGUUGUGCAGGGAAACGCACGCGUUCGCCUCCGCCUGCUGCAAGUCCGACUCGACGCCCGAGCGACGCCCAUGCUCAGGUCACGGACAGCCUAAUAGAGAUGUUCAAGGCCAAGGCGACGACUUCGGGCGCCACUCCCCCGGCUCCACUGAAGACGACCUCGCACGAUGCUCACUCGGGUUCGACCACACCUACGAACCUGCGCAACCUCCCUCAUCUCUCGAUGACGUCUUCCAAGCUGGCGUCGCCAGAUCAUCGUCACCAUCCGGUUCACACAUCGCCGUAUGUUCACAAGGCGAAGCUGUACUCGCCAUACUCCAAUGGACAGUCCAGUCCUCGCCACGGCAAGUCCCGGAGUGCGUCCGUGUCAUCGGCUUCUUCAACUCCUUGGCCGAGUACAUCCGUAUCACCUCGGCCACCGCCGACUCGCCUCCGUCCGCUCACGGACAUGAACCGGUUCCUGGGUGCUGUAUUCCACGAAGAUGGUUCUGUCGCGUCUCAAGUUCCCCGCUCUGCUUUGGGGCUCCCUGGCAUCCAUACCUUUGUCUCUGCUGCAGAAAGCGGUGGAGCCAAGGUGGAGCCAAUGGAGAUGGACGUCGAUGUCCCCGUGUCAUUCCCUACUUCCGAGGAAGUCGUGAUCGGCGCGUGUACAUGUGGAGAGGGUUGCCAGUGUGCAGGGUGCGCGACCCACGGUAACCCGAGAUCGACUUCCCCGAAGCAGCACGGACAUGACGGUGCCUGUGGAGAGGCCUGCAGCAGUUGCUUCGAUUGUGGCGAUCAAGUGUCCAUCCCCUCGGGCGUCGCAUCAAUCGAACAGCUCAUCCAGAUAGCCGCUGCCAAUGUGCCCAAACCUCUACGCACCGACCGGGGUUCCACCCUGGACGCUCUCGAUACACGCAUUCUCCCUCCAGCUGCCAACUUGUCGGAGAAUGUCGCGCGCGCGUUUGGAGUUGUGCAGCUCAAGCCGCUCGAGUGUUGCAACGGUCGGUGCCAGUGCUCACUGGGCGAGUGCAAGUGCGACAGCGACUGCUGUGGCUGCUGCACCGAAUGCAAAUGCGCCGAUGACGACGGGGACACUAUCAUGGCAGACGGUGACGCUCCUGCUGGCGAGAAGCAGCCGGUCAAGGCCGGGUGCUGUGGCAGUGGGGCUCCCGCCACACCUUCGAGGAAUUCGCAACAGCUCCAGGUUGCGCCAUCUUCUGGGACGUGCUCAGUCUCCACGUCUCCCAUCAACAUCUCGCCCACCGCUACCAUUGGCGGCAUAAGGCUAGCCUCACCAAGUGUUGGGACUCCCCCCAAUGGCCACGGUGGGUCGAUGGUGCGCCGCAACUCGUCGGUCUCUCGAGCCAAGGAGAAGGAGGGUGCUAGCAAUGGAGCUGGCGGCCGCCGACUCUCGACUUCGAGUAUUUCUUCGCAGGCUAGUGUCCAGCGCUCCGUCUCAUCGAGUGGCAAAGCGACAUCCAAGUCGCUGGCCAUUAACGCUCAUCAGGCACUUGGUGCCCACCACCGCCCAAUAUUGCCCAAACCGACAGUCGCCAUCGGUGCCGGCCUCCCUCGCCUGGCCCCGCCGCGGCCAUCUGGCGGUAGCGGCAGUCGCCAACCUUCGCCGGUGCUUCGCUCACGCGCGUCUUCCCAGGCAUCCAGCCAGAGCAGCCCAACACUGGGGCCGCACAUGCUGCCGCAUCCACCGGAGGUUUCCAUCCCGUCAUUGUCAGAUGACCCGCCGGCUGCUUCCAGUCAGCACAGAGACAGCAUGACAACCCGUAUGGGGGACAUGGUCAUUGGCGUAGACGACAUUGCCACGGCUCUGGCCGCAUCGGAUGUCGAUUUCAUGGCGUACCUCAACUCGCUUCUAUCCUCGAAUGAUGGCGACCAGUCGGUGGCGAAUCCGAGUAUUGACGUUAGCCAGGGUAGUGGGCAGCCCGACGUCCGCCUGCUCAACGCCUUCUCGGGCGUCGUGCCCCGCCCAGAGGUCGAGCCCCCGUUGGGCGACAUCCAGGAGCUCAUUGCUGGUGCGCUCGCUCAGCAGGGAGUGCUCCAGCCUCCUCAACAGGCUCCCGUAGUUCCACCCACUUCCCAGCCCCCUGAGUUCAACUACUUCUUCAACUUCCCGACGACAACGAUACCUUCUCGUGAGGAGCAGAUGGCCAACUAUCAGAUCAACUCGGGUGGACCCAGCUUGCCAAUACAGCAGCCCAUGCCACAGUUUGCCCCAACCACCAUCAAUCCCUUGCAGCAGUUUGACGACAACUUAUUUUUCAACCAGUACGCCAACGGACUGUCGCUUCAAGUGCCCAAUCUGCAGACGGAUUCGGGUUGCACAUCGAACAGCGGCGACGUCUCGACCAGCACAGUAUCGUCAAUACCGGCCGUCUCGCUAGAGCCUCCAGCUCCUGUGAACCACCCCGAUAUUAUCGAUCUGUCCAAGCCACUCAACCCGUCCGACAUCGACCGGAUCAUGCAGGCGCUCAUGAACCAGCAGGCUCGCCAAGCUGCUGGUACCAGCGGCGCGAUGCCGCCGCCACAGCCGCAAGUGCCACCUCAGCCGCCAAGAUUGAAUGUCGGCUCGGUCUCGGACCCUGACUCUGACCCGUUCCAGCAGUACAUGAUCGAUCCGGAUGCGGCACAAAAUACCCACCUCCAGCAGUCGGCACUGCCCGAGCAUGUCGACCGCGACUGGCUGCAAAAGGCCUGGCCAAACAUGCUUGGGCAAUCGGCGCAGCGGGAAUAG